UCAGUACUGUACAUAGCUCCAACUUCCAAGAAACGGUAUAUGACAAAAUAUAAUAUGCAGGCUGCACAGGAACCGAAAAUGGAAUCCAGGUCUGGAGAACCAGAAGUAAGGAAGGUUCAGCCGAGCAAAGGCAGUUCAGUUCUUGUCAAUCCAAGACAGACUGGGAAUCCUGUGUUGAAGUGCAUUAGAAAUGUUCCAUGGGAGUUUGCUGAUAUCAUUCCUGACUAUGUGAUGGGACGAACUACCUGCGUAUUGUUUCUCAGCUUGAGGUAUCACCAGCUGCAUCCAGACUACAUACAUGUACGUUUGAAGGAGCUUGGCAGGCAGUAUGAACUACGCAUCCUACUCUUGCAAGUUGACAUCAAGGAUCCACACCACUAUGUUAAAGAACUAGCAAAGAUUGCGAUUUUAGUGGACUGCACACUCAUGCUCGCCUGGAGUCCCGAAGAGGCGGGAAGAUAUUUGGAGACUUACAAAGCGUUUGAGAGUAAACCACCAGAUAUGAUCAUGGAGCGAACAGAUAACAAUUACAUGGCUCAGCUUACUGACUGCCUUACCUCGAUAAAGAAAGUAUCGAAGACAGAUGCUCAGACUCUGCUGUCAACAUUUGGGUCGCUGGAGAAAAUAGUAAAAACCAGCAAAGAUGAUCUUUCACUGUGUCCAGGCGUUGGUCCACAGAAGGCCCAACGGUUGUACGACAUGUUCCAUGAACCGUUUCUCAAAGCGAACAAGCAGAAGACAGAAACUGGGUCGCGGUGAUGGUGCAUGUGUCGUACCCGUAUGCAUCCACCGUAGCGAGCAGUAUGACAACCCUGCACAGAGAAGACAUGUCAAUCCAAGCCUGCAUCUGUGAUGGGGACAGUGAUGCCGUCGACAAUCGACAAUCGAGUUCACUAGCAGUACAAUAAUCUCAAUACGCAAAGAUUUAUAUGAGGUUUCUAUGAAUUGAAGUUUGUAUAUAGUGUAUAGUUUCUUUCUAUUAAGAAUAAAUAACAUGUUUCAUAAA